AUGGGAUCCUCGGACGAUUUCUCGGUGGUGGUAUUGGCGUCAGAUCUAGGCGUAGACGCUCGAUCCUUCUUGUCACCAGCAGACCGAGAGGAAGAGAACUGGCAUGACUGCGCUGACUCUCUCAUUUCCGGCGAAGACUUCUCAGAUCUCGACACCUUGCAAUUCUUCCGCCUCGAAAGUGGCAGUGACAGAUCCGGCAAUCGCAUCUUCCGCAUCGUUGGGAAAUAUUUCCCGGUUCUUAGCUGUCUUUACUCAAGAGCUGUUGAUAUAUCUGUCAUCUGGGUUUAG